UCCAAUUCCACCCCCCCGUCAAACACCCACAUCAUGGACAACAGCAGGAAGCAUGGGAGUCGGAAGCAAGACAAAGGACUGGGCAGCUACACAGGAGUGUCGAAGAGGGGAUGGUCUCCUGUGGAGAUCGUCGAGAAACCAGUGCCGAUGAACCCGUUGAUUCGCAGCGCGACGAAGACGCUGAAGGCGCACCUCGUCGCCACGAAGGAAGACAUUGAAGAGUCGAUGCGAGUCAAGUACGAGCAAUUGCUAGGGCAAAUCGACACCGAAAUUGACGAAACCAAUCGACAACUGGAGUCGUUUUACAAAGUGAACCAUGCCAUUUACGAGAAAUCGACAAAGCGACUCAAGCGAAUGACAGACGCUGUCACCGACGAAAUGGAACACGUGCGAAACAUUCAUGAAAAUGCAAUCAAAGACGUUCAACAAAUGCAGGAGAAGGCAAAGGUCAAGGCAAUUCGAGACUUCAAGCAAGAGGCUGUAAAACUCCAGCAAACUCAAGGGUGAAUCGUCGUUUGAUAGUCGACUCCACGUCGGUGCGAUUACAUCAACCGUACAAGCCAUGAUGGAAACAUGCAU